GAGGCGCUUACCUGGGGUGAAUGUAUUGCGGAAAGUAAAACAUUUGGGCGCUGGAAAGUGGACGAGGUCGAAUGGCGACUCCCGUGAAGCCCGGCUUUUACAGACAAGAGAUCCAGAAAACCACCUGGGAUGUGCCGGAGAGAUAUGCAUCGCUGAAAGCCGUGGGAUCGGGAGCGUACGGGACCGUAUGUUCCGCAAUUGACCAAAAGACGAAGGAAAGGGUGGCAAUAAAGAAGCUCUAUCGCCCGUUCCAGUCUCUGAUCCAUGCCAAACGAGCCUACCGUGAACUGCGGCUGCUGCGGCACAUUCGGCACGACAACGUCAUCUGCCUUCUGAAUGUCUUUACACCUGAUUCCUCACUGGAGAAAUUCCAGACUUUCUAUAUGGUGAUGCCAUUCGUGGCUCAGGACUUGGGUCACAUCAUGAAGAGGAAGAAGCUGACAGAUCACAUCAGCACCUACCUCUUCUACCAGAUCCUACGGGGACUGAAGUAUAUCCAUUCUGCAGGGAUUAUCCACAGGGACCUGAAGCCCAGUAACUUGGCAGUGAAUGAGAACUGUGAACUAAAGAUUCUGGACUUUGGACUGGCAAGACACACGGAGAGUGAGAUGACUGGCUAUGUUGUGACACGAUGGUACAGGGCACCAGAGGUCAUCUUCAACUGGAUGCAUUACACCCAAACAGUGGAUGUGUGGUCAGCUGGCUGCAUCCUAGCUGAGAUGAUCACAGGCUACGUUCUUUUCCCAGGACAUGACAGUCUUGACCAGCUACAGAAAAUCCUCAGUCUGACAGGAACUCCUCAGCCAGCAUUGGUGCAGAAGAUGCAGAGUGCUGAUGCUCGCUCUUAUGUGCAGUCUCUCCCUCCUAAGAAGAAAAAGAACUUCAGGGACGUGUACCCCUCUAUGGAUAGAAAUGCGCUGGUAAUGCUGGAGGCCAUGCUGGUCCUGGACCCUGAGAAGAGAAUCACCGCCUCUGAAGGCCUCUCCCACCCCUUCCUAGAAGAAUUCCAUGAGCCGGAUGCAGAACCGGAGUCUCCGCCCUACGACGACUCUUUUGAGAGCAUGGAGUUGGUUGUGGGCGAGUGGAAGAGCCUCAUCCAUAUGGAGAUCAUGACCUUCGACCCUGACAACCCCAGAGCAACUGCAACAUAGGAACACCAAGAUAGAUUGAUGUUACUAUUCACUCAUUUGACGGGGAUAUUCUGCUUAGAGAAGUGCAGUAUUCAUGGAUUUUCUGAGAUUGCCUUACUUUGAUGUAAUACAUCAAUACAGAUGUAUAUUAUUUCAAGGCCCAGUGUUGUGUGACAGCCUGAGUUACCAAGGAAGAGAGCAGUUAGGAUAUGAAAAACUAAGCUCUUAUUAGCAUAAAACAGCAAGAAUAUACACGUAAAACUCUAAUCCAAAACCUUCACUCAUUGGAUAUAAUCUCUUAAAAUAUAAAACUAUGAGCAGUUUAAAAUAACAAUUACAGUGCUGGAAUUUUCUCACUUCAUACUCAGGAAGUUAGCAGACUUCUAAACUAAAUCUACAAUCUUUGUUUUGUGCAUAUUGAACAUUUUACAGAGCAAACAGUGUAAAAGAUUGGUGCAGGCAGAUUGUAAUCUGUGUUUGUGAAAAAUCAGUAUGGCACUGUGAGCUGGGCCGGCCAGGCUAAGUCAGGUGACAUGGACAAUCAGCCGCUUCAUCUUUGUCUAUUACUAAUGAUAUAAUGAUGUUUUUGUUCUUUCCAUUGACCCAAAAAUACACACCCAGGAAUUCACCUCUCCCAAACCCUAGCCCUGAUACCAAACCCUAACCUUGAGCAACCAUAACCCUAAAACUCCUCUCUGGAGCCUGUCUUAGACCCAGCCUCCAUUGUGUUUUCCUGUUGUCCACUUGUGCUGGCAUGGAACUGAAUCUGUUGUUUUCCUUUCUUCCUACACUUAAAGCCCCCUCUCCAUUUCUGUACCCAAAUAAAGCCCCAGUUCCUCCUCUC